GUUUACUUUCACUUCUUGAACUUCGUUGUCUCUGACUGAUGCUGAUCGUCACCGUGUGAAGCUCCGUGUUAAGGUGAAGGUAGAAAGUGUGUGUGAGCUGAAUUGAGCAGCAUGGAUCAGUGUGAGGACAGAGAGGAGGGAGUCCCUCCCUCUAAAAGCACUCUGUGUGGGGAACAUGAGAGUCAGACCAAAGCUCAGAGGAACCCACCUGGACCUCCACCCAGCUCUGUGUCCUUACAGAGUGACCGGUCUAAACAUGACCCCAUUGAUUUUAAAUUUCAGCAGACAUCUGCUGCAGAGAGAGUGGACCAGCAGAGCUCAGAGGUUCCCAGUGGUCAGUCUGCCCAGCAGCAUCAAACACAUCUGGACUCCAUAUUUAUGCUGCUGGAGGACAACAUCAUCACUUUUGUGAAGAACGAGCUGAAGAAGAUCCGGAAGGUUCUGAGCCCAGAUUACCCAGAACGCUUAGAGAGUCAGAGGGAGGAUGAUGAGGAGAGGAGCAGCAGCAGAGAGGCAUUUGUGAAGAUCACAGUGGACUUCCUGAAGAGAAUGAAGCAGGAGGAGCUGGCUGACCAUCUGCAGAGCAGAAUUCCCAUUGGAGGUUUUCAACGUCAUCUCAAGUCUGUCUUGAAGAAGAAGUUCCAGUGUGUGUUUGAGGGCAUCGCUAAAGCAGGAAACCCAACCCUCCUGAAUCAGAUCUACACAGAGCUCUACAUCACAGAGGGAGGGACUGCAGAGGUCAAUGAUGAACAUGAGGUCAGACAGAUUGAAACAGCAUCCAGGAAACCAGACAGUCUAGAAGCAAUAAUCAGAAAGGAAGACAUAUUUAAAGCCUCACCUGGAAGACAUGAACCAAUCAGAACAGUGCUGACAAAGGGAGUGGCUGGCAUUGGGAAAACAGUCUUAACACAGAAAUACACCCUGGACUGGGCUGAAGACAAAGCCAACCAGGACAUCCAGUUCAUAUUUCCAUUCACUUUCAGAGAGCUGAAUGUGCUGAAAGAGGAAAAGUUCAGCUUGGUGGGACUUGUUCAUCACUUCUUUACUGAAACCAAAGAAGCAGGAAUCUGCAGCUUUGAAGACUCCCAGGUUGUGUUCAUCUUUGAUGGUCUGGAUGAGUGUCGACUUCCUCUGGACUUCCACAAAACUACAAUCCUAACUGACCCUAGAAAGUCCACCUCAGUGGAUGUGCUGCUGAUAAACCUCAUCAGGGGGAAACUGCUUCCCUCUGCUCGCCUCUGGAUAACCACACGACCUGCAGCAGCCAAUCAGAUCCCUCCUGACUGUGUUGGCAUGGUGACAGAGGUCAGAGGGUUCACUGGCCCACAGAAGGAGGAGUACUUCAGGAAGAGAUUCAGAGAAAAGAUGCAGGCCAGCAGGAUCAUCUCCCACAUCAAGACAUCACGAAGCCUCCACAUCAUGUGCCACAUCCCAGUCUUCUGCUGGAUCACUGCUACAGUUCUGGAGGAUGUGCUGGAAACCAGAGUGGGAGGACAGCUGCCCAAGACCCUGACUGAGAUGUACAUCCACUUCCUGGUGGUUCAGGCCAAAGUGAAGAAGGUCAAGUAUGAUGGAGGAGCUGAGACAGAUCCACACUGGAGUCCAGAGAGCAGGAAGAUGAUGGAGUCUCUGGGAAAACUGGCUUUUGAUCAGCUGCAGAAAGGAAACCUGAUCUUCUAUGAAUCAGACCUGACAGAGUGUGGCAUCGAUAUCAGAGCAGCCUCAGUGUACUCAGGA